AUGGCUCAACCCACUGCUCGUUCCUCCGCUCUCACCAUCUCAGCUGGUCCAGAUUCCGUGUUCAUCGCCGAUUUUGAUGCCAUGGUUGAGAACUGGGACCGGCACCUCAAUCUUCUAGCUCCAGAGCCAAUGGAUGUAGAUCCAGGAGAUCAGGAGUUUGAUCCUCACUCACAACAACCGAUGCAGAAGCGGGUUGGCCGUCAAGAUACGCAGCAGGCGGAGGAUGUUCGCGCGGAAGCAUGCACAUUGAAAGAGCAUCAUGAUCACCUGUUGUCCGUAUCCUUUGACCGCUCUUUCCAAGGGAUCUCCGACGGCAUUGAUCCAUUUUCGUCACAAUUUGAGCCGGCCAUCCAGCUCGAUACCAACUUCUUCGAGAGCUCAGAUGGUCUUGGACUUGAUGGUGGUCUUGCCGACGAAUUAGCCCGCGAACUCGGUGAAGGAUGGGGUGGUCCGUUCAUUGAAGAAUCCCAACAGAACAUGGACGUGGAUCUGAAUCCGCUGCAGGUUCCGAGUGACCAUUUAGGACUGGGGUUAACAGGAGGAGAUGAAUUUAUGCUCCCGGCGCUGCCUGAGGCUGACCAUCCCAGACCAUCUCAGCCACUGAAUACAAGAACGCCCUCCAAGACAGAUCCUCGUCUUCUCGAGGAGAAUGGCACGCCCAGAUCUCGCAGCCGAUGUGCUUCAUCGCGAGCAGCCUCCGUUGUACUUCCAAGUCCCUCUAAUUCAUUUUCACGUAUGCUUUUAUCUCAAGGCGAAGAUGUCCGAUCCCAUCAACAAACCCCUUUCGCUGAUAUUACAACACGAGUCGUCAAUGAAGAGAAAGAAAAACGAUCAGCUUUACCAAGGAAAAAUAAAAGAAUUCGUGUACUGCUUGAUGCUAGAACUGAACUGACCGAUGAAGAAUUGAAGAUUGCUCGUGCAAAAUAUGUGCAAGAACAACGUAAUCAAAGACGGGAGCUUGAUCACAAAAAGAUCAAAAAGGACAGCGGGAAGGUGGUAGAAGAACUCGUUUGGGGUGUCCCUACAGGAAUUGAGGCUCCCUCUCUUAUAGAUUUUUGGCAGGAGAAUUUCAAGGUUCAGGUCGAAGCUAGGACUGGCGCUUUACACAUCCACAUCGACGAUCCCGAAUCAACGCGACCUCCUAACAAACGACGAAAGCUGCAAACUAUUGAUGAGGCACCAGAAGGGACCCCGUUGCCCAUUGAGACAGUUGUUCAGAACGACACAUUUUUUUAUGGGGCGGGCGAUAUCGGUUUUUUACCAGAUGACCCUUUCAGUGGAAACAAUGUGGAUAUCGAUGUCGAACUUCCCGUGUUAAGAUCUUCCGAGGAACCAGGGCAAGCGCGAAAUAUUUCUAGGCAGCGUUCAGUUGGACUAGACCUCAGCUUCAACCUCGAUUCAAACGAGAAGUUAGGAUCUCAAAAGAGUUCGCUUUUUCCUUGGGAUGGUGCAGGAGCCGAUAUCUCCUCUAGUGUAGGUGGUGCUGGGGGAGGGAGUGACAGAGUUGCCUUCGAACGAGCCGAUGUCAAACUUCGUGAAAGCCCUUUGAGUCGCCGAGAGUGUUCUCUACCUCUCAGUCAAAAUGGAAACAUUUCAGUGACCCGAGGUGCCUCCCCAGGUGAUUUCGGGAAAAAUUCUCAGAUCAUAGGCGAAGACUUCGUGUUGAGAGGUAAGCGUUUGUGCAUACGAUUCACGUAAAUCAGUCCAAUUUAUUAUUCACCGCCUUUCAGAUGAAGAUGAGGAGCCAACUAACCGAAAUUCCGAAACUCAACGAUCUGAUUUGAACCUUGUCACGCUCGAACGCAAUUCGUUCAAUUUUCUCGAAUAUGUGAAAAUGCAGCAGCAGGCGAUGCCAGGUGGAACUUCCGGUAAUUUACCUUUUGAAACCAUCGUUCCGAGGACCACGAGC